AUGGACUCGCAGUGUAACCGGGAGUACCCAUGCAACCACUGUACCCGUCGUCGAAGACCAGAGGAGUGCGUUUUCAGCUCCGAGCCAACGAGGAAUCCUUCACAUAAUGCUUUGCAUCCAGAAAAAUCGCUGAAUGAGACUAAGGGUCAGAUUCAGGGACCAGUUCCUGCACGGCUCCCCAUAGAGACUCCCGCUCUAGACGGGCCGAACGAACACUGGUCGAGCCAGCAUUCCGCGCUAGCCAAAUCAUUUGGUUACUUUGAGGAUAAGUUUCCCGGGGGAACCAAGACGGCUCUACGAGAUUCUUCGCCAGCAUCGACUUGGGAAACUAUCCACUAUGAGUUUAGCCGUAUGCCUGAGCGCCGCAUCCUAGACUUUCUCGUUCAAUAUUUUGUGUGCGAGCUGAAUUGGAUGAAACAGAUUGUGCAUGCCCCCCGCUUCUUAACGCAUUACCACGAGUGGUGGGAGAAUAGUAAGCCCAGUUUAGUGGCAGAUGUGGAGUUUGCCACUCUUAUCCUUCGCGUAUGCUCCUACGCAACACAAUUCCUCCCCUCGCCGCUUCACGCCAUUGAUCAGAUCUGUGGCCACCCGCUCUCCGAUAUUCGCAACACAUGUAGUAGUAUCGGAGACAAUCUUGUCAAGCUCUGCGAAACUCUUGAUUGGAAAGGCUCUUUGUUCCGUGUUCAACAUCUGAUUUUUGCAGCCCUCCAGAUCUCCUGUGAAGGUAGAACUGAUCAGUUCUGGGAAGGGAUAGCUUCUGCGAGUCGAGCCGCUCAGAAGGCUGGCAUUCACACUGACACUACUCUAUUCGAGGAAAGCCUAGUACCUCAAAAUGACACUAGUAAAGAGUUGGAUAAAGAGGCUCGACGGAGAACUUUCUGCAGCCUUUACGUCUUGGAUAGCCAUUUGAGUCGUCAGCUUGAUCGUGUCCCCUUCUUACCUGAUCAUUUGAUUGCUGGCUCACUUCCACGGAUGCACUUUGUUUCUGAGACUGGGAGUACCUCGACGGAAAUCCCUGCCGGUGCACCCGACAUUUUUACCGAACGCCUCAUGCAGGUGCAGCUAGGCCACUUUUGGCGGCAAUUUGGGUCACGGCAUAACUGCGACUACGAUCCAACAGCAGGCGAGCAAAGGUAUGACAAGUUCUACGCCGAAUAUCUCCCAAGCCUGCAUCCAGCAUUUGCAUUCGACCGUACAGAUACGACCUGGGAUAAUGCUCUUACAAAGCUCCCGAUGCAAAGGCAACUUCUCCACAUCGCCAUUUUCGACUCGGUCUGUUGGAAUUUUCGACCCGUUCUGUUACUCAAGCCCGACUAUGUGGCGAGGCUUCCCCCAUAUAAGCGAGUGCUUCUCCAAUCACAGAAGAGAAGACUUGGUUUGGUUGCAUUGAAGGAACUCGAGGCUGUUACUUCCCUUCAUUUGAUGUUCGGGGGCUCAUCCACCCGUUUUGCUGCUAUUAUUUUCAAUACCUUCGAAGCUGCCGUUCUUUUACUAUGUCUUUGUACUCAUGUCGACUUUCCCUUUGACCAAGCAGACGAAAAUAUGGAUGCUCUAGGUAUUCACGCUAAGUUAACCUAUAAAAAGGCUAUCCAAGCUUCCGAACAAGCUAUUAGCCGCCUUCAAAUGUUGGCUGAACUCAGCGACAUGGCUGCAUCUGGGGCUCAGGUGGCUGCACAACUGUUUGCCAAAAUCGCCAAGUGGAAACAAUCAUCCAGCCCAGUUCCUCUGGCGGAUUAUAUUGAUACAUCAUUUUGGCAACUCCCAUACUCUGCUAACAUCGGAGUUUAUGAUGACCUAGGCCCGUUUCCAUCUUUGGAGCAAGCCUAUCCCGGGUUUAUGAGCGAGAUCUUCUCCUCGGCGGCGCAAAAGCCCUAA